AUGAAUAAAGAUGAAUUACUGAAUGAUUUACUCCCAUUCACGACUAAUGAUAGUUUAGAACCUAUCAAAAUAUUAGAUUUAAUUGAAAUUAAUUUAAAACAUAUUUUAAAUUCACCGGAAUUACAACUGUUUAUUCAAAUAGUUAAAGGUGAUUUAUAUAAUCGAGAUUAUUUGAGUGCUUUUAAUAGUGAUGAAAAACGAUUUGCAUACGUUGCAAGAUGGACACCAGCUAGAGCAUUAAGUUAUAGUUCAUUAUUCAGUAGCUUAAAACCAAUAAAGGCAUUAUUACAAGAGCCAAUUCAAAUUAAAAAUGUCUUAUGUAUUGGAGGUGGGGCUGGUUCUGAAUUAAUUGGAUUAUCAUCUGUAUUUUGCAGAUUGAAAGAAUAUAAUUCAUCAUCAUCAUCGGAAAUACAUAUAAAUAUAAUAGAUAUAGCAAAUUGGUCAACUGUGAUUAAUCACUUCACAAAAUACAUUAAAGAAAACUGGUUAUACCAUGGCGAAAAAUUGAGUACAAAUUUUAUAUGUGAUGAUAUAUUAAUUACCAAUACAGAUUUACAACUCAAUAAUCUAGAUCUAAUUACUAUCUUAUUUACUACUAAUGAAUUAUUCACAGAGAAGAGAAAAGAAACAAUUAAAUUAUUGCAGAAAUUGAAUGAUAAUUGUAAAUCAGGAACCUUAUUAUUAAUUGCAGAAAGUGCUGGUUCAUAUUCACAUAUAAUUAUAGGUGAACGAAAAUUUCCAAUUCAAUUUUUAAUAGAUACGAUAUUAGUUGGAAAACCAAAUGAAAAUAACGGAGUAUGGGAAAUUGUAAAUUCAAGUGAAAGUUGUUGGUAUAGAAUUAAUCAAAAAGAAGUUGAAUAUUCAAUGAAAUUAGAAAAUAUGAGGUUUUUUUAUAGAUUGUAUAGAAAGAAAUGA